CUGCAGGGUGUCUUCUGAGCCCCAGUGAGAAGUUUGCAAGCGGAGCGCGAUGCCGAACCCCGAAGUCUUCCUGGGCAAAUGGAGCCUGGAGUCCAGUGAGGGCUUUGACGACUAUAUGAAAGAACUGGGUGUGAACUUGGCCAUGAGGAAGAUGGGAAGUAUGGCCAAGCCAGAUGUUAUCAUCAGCAAGGACGGAGAUACACUUCGAGUGAAAACAGAAAGUACUUUCAAAACAUCAGAAUUCUGUUUCAAAUUGAAUGAGAAAUUCAAUGAAGAGACAAUAGAUGGCCGAAAAACAGAGACCAUUAUAACGUUAGGUGACGAUAACGUGUUGACACAGGUCCAAAAAUGGGAUGGCAAAGAGACCACGAUAACAAGGAAGGUGGUAGAUGGGAAGCUGGUUGUGGUAAGUAGAAUGUACUCCUGGUUUCCAUGCAGAAUUAUAAGCAACAGAAACUUGCACACUUCUUCAGCUACUUCAAGCAUAGUUACUCCUGGUUUCCAUGCAGAAUUAUAAGCAACAGCAAUAUGCAAUACACUUCAAGCAUAAUAAAUUCACCUGCUCUACUGUGCAUCACAACAAGCUGAAGUUUAACUGAAGACUUCCUUCCCUCCAGAUCUUCAUGUGCAAAGGGUGGAAGGGAGGAUGAGAACAAACUGUCAGUGCCCAGCCUGGACAGACAGCUUUCUGGUGACAUUAGAGUUAGUCCCUGUUUUCACAUGAGAGAAAGAGUAAGAAAAAGUCUUAUGAGUGAACCUUUUUUGUUUUCCAGGAAUGUGUCAUGAACAAUGUCAAAUGUAUUCGCAUUUACAAGAAAGCAUGAAGACCCUGCUCCUUUGUUUAUAUUGGGAGUUCGGUGAUGGACAGCUCAGUUCCAGGCAUAAAGCUAGUCAACACUCCAUGUUAUUUCUCACCCUUGUCUCCUGACUUCCUUGUUUUUUAGUAUCUCGGAAGAAUCAGUACUGUAUGCAAUUAAAUUUCAAAUAUGUUAUGUAUCUUUUGAGAACUAUUAAAUUUGACAAGUCAAAGAUGUAA